AGUGCUCCUACUUCUCCGACCGCAAGAGCAACUACAUCCAGCACAUCAGGACGCACACAGGCGUGCGUCCUUUCCGGUGUCUCUACUGCGACUACUCCAGCUCACAGAAGACCCACCUGACCCGACACAUGAGGACUCACUCCGGCGAGCGUCCCUUCAAGUGCGAGAGCUGUAACUACCUGGCAGCCAACCAGCACGAGGUGACCCGCCACGCCCGGCAGGUCCACAACGGCCCCAAACCUCUAUCCUGCCCGUACUGCGAGUACAAGACCGCCGACCGCAGCAACUUCAAGAAGCACGUGGAGCUCCACCUGAACCCUCGCCAGUUCCUCUGCCCUCUCUGCAAGUACGCCGCCUCCAAGAAGUGCAACCUGCAGUACCACAUCAAGUCCAGGCACUCGGGAUGCAACGUCGCCGUGGACAUCUCCAAGGUCAAACUGCGCGUCAAGAAACCCGGUCCUGACGGGGCAGAGGAAGACUCCAGGGCGAGCAAGGUGGACAACUCAUCCAGCGUCGACGAGGACUUUGACAUGGACGAGGACGACGGGGACGAGGGCGUGGACUCGAGCCCGAUCAACCUGUCGAUCAGAAAGAGCGGGCGGCCCAGCAACGGCCAACCGGCGGAGGGUGAAGCACCUGACAAGGCUCAGAGGAAAUCCAACGUCUCCUCUGAGAAAGAGAAACCGCCGAAGGUGAAGGACAAGGUGGAGCCAGAGAGGAAGGUCACGACACGGCAGAAGAAGACCGAGAAGGUGAUCGAGAAGGUGAUCGAGAAUCCUCCAGAGGCCGCAUCCGUCAAAGAAACCCAGACAGAGACGGAACCAGCUGCUGUCAGUACAGAGGCCAAGAUGAAGAGACGAGGAAAGAAGCUGGCGGCGGAGAAAACAACCGACCAGGACCAGACAGAGCCAGAGAAACCUGCCCAGCAGAGACCGGAGGAGGAGGAGGGACCAGCGAGGCAGAGAGAGGAAGAAAAGCCCGAGAAAGAACACCAGAAGAAUGAGAGCAAGGAGAACAAAAGCCUCAACAAGCCGAGGAAAUCUGCUUCGAAGAAGUCAGAGAAAGGAGCAGAACCUGAAGCUCAGCAGAAACCGGACAGUCCUGAGAAGGUCCAGAAGAAGGCUGUGAAGAGGAAAGCGGCCGAGGCUCUGGAUCUGUCCAGAAAGUCCUCGUCCGAGACUCCGUCUAAGGCCAGACGGCUGAAAGCUGCAGAGAAGCUGCAGAUGAAACCAGGAGACUCGAAGAAGGUGAACGACGCCGCUCCUGCAAAGUCCGACGGGACGACCCCCGUGAAGCAGAAGAAGACCAGGAACAAGAAAGCCCCAGGCCUCCAACCAGCUGUGGAUCCACCAGAAGACGAGACCACCUGUCCUGCCUCCGACGCUCCAGAAGGAUCCACUCAGCCGGACAGCCCGACCCAAACCUGUGAGCCCCGCCCGACGCCAGACAGCCCGGCACAGAAGAAUGAAACCACUCCGAUCAAAGGUCCGGAGGAGGCGUCACCGUCCUGCAGCUCCACGGAGGACCGCCCGGCGCCGGCCUUUGUUAAACCCACAUCACCGCCUUCUCUGGUGCUUCCAGGCCAGCGAGGCAAACCUGCCGAUCCCGAGGACGACGAGGGCAUCCACAGCAGCCACGAAGGAGGAAGCGACAUGAGCGACAGCGCUUCUGAGGGCAGCGACGACUCCGGCCUCAAUGGCGCCGGGUCGGGCAAAAUGGCCAACGACCCCGAAACGCCCACCGACGAGAUCCCGACGCCGACUGAGCUCAAGAGUCACAUGUGCAUCUUCUGCGACCGUACGUUCCCUCUGGAGGUGGCGUACCGGCGCCACCUGAACCGCCACCUGGUCAACGUGUACUACAUGGACAGCACGGCCAAGGAGCAGAACUGAAGACCAGCAGGUUCUGCAGGGACCUCCUGAUCCAGAACCUUUCAGACUAAACUGUAGAAGACGGCACCAAACCUGCUUUUAUUAACUGAACACAGAAGAUCAAACAGGUUUUUAAGGUUCUGUUCGCAGCUUUGUGCGUUUUUGGAAGAACCAGCACGGCGCUCGAACGCCUCCUUCCUGUUUCUCACUGUCACGCUUGAAUGUUAAAUGACCCAAAAAUGUUCCAGAGUUUGGUGCAGAUGUGACACAGUUUUGGUUUGAGCUCGGGCUGCAACUAACGAUCAUUUUCACCAUCGAUUAUUCUGCCGCUCAUUUUCUACACUAAUCGAUUCGUUGGUGAAAAAGGUGGAUCAGUGUUUCCCCAAAGCUCGAGGCGACGUCCUCAAAUGUUUUGUUUGUCCCACAAAGACCUUCAGUUUCCUCUUAAAGCAAAGAAACCAUGAAAUAUUCACAUUUAAGAAUCACAUUUUCCUUUCUUUUUUUUUUUAGGAAAUUGACUCAAACGCUGAAUCGAUUGUCAGCAGCUGUAAUCGACGCAGCGCACUGAUAAAUUCUUAAAAGUAACCAGAUGAGGUGCACAGAACCAGAGCGUUCUCCAGAUCUGUCAGACUACGCAUCUGUAGAUCUGAUUCUACUGCUCCGUGGCGUCCUACCAGAGCGCUGAGAUCUAACGUCUCAGAUUUAAUCACACUUUAACCUUUUCAUUCAGAUCAAUCCAACAUCCUGUUCCUCAUGUCCGCCUGCAGCAGCUUCAUUAGUUUUCCAUCGUUUCUCCUAAUUAAUUUUCGAGACAUUCGGCUGCAUCAAUGAUAUCAUGACCAUGAAAAGGUUCCCGUGCAGCUGACGCCGCCACCUGAAUCUUAUCAGAAACAUCUGGCUGGGGAGUGUUGUAAUAUACUGUAUGUACACAAAUAUUCUUUUCUAUGAUAAAGUGCAUUUUUCCUUUUUAAAAAACAUUCAGUGCCUUCUGACAAUCAGUCCUGUGUUCAGACAUCGUUUCUGCAGCUUCGUCCAGAGAGACGCUCGCGUGUGAACAUUUAACUUUUUAUUUCUGAAAGCUGAAGCUCUCUCAGGUCAGCUUGUCCUUGUAAAUACUUCUGUGCAAUAUUCCCUGUAGUUGAGAAGCCAAAGUGAACCUUCACCUCUGACCUGCAGAGGACAGAACGUCCCCUUCCUCCUGUCUGCGGUUGGAGCGCAGUGAAAUCGCACUGCAGCGACUUUAAAUGGGUUCGAGGAUGAAACUGAUGUUAUUUAGCUUUUUGUUUCUGUCACACGUGUCGUCCAACGUCCCAAAGAGCUGCAGUUCAGAGGAAAUAACACCACCUUCAUCCUUUAAGGAGACAGAAGAAAACUCUUCCUUUAGCGGCUCGUUAGUCACUGAAGUCAGAGGAGGGCGGAGCUUCUGUUCCCAUAACGACAGAACACAUGAACUGAUCUCAUAUCAAUAAUCAAAAACUGUAAUUAGUCUGCAGGAAGUUCUUCACUCUUUAUUGUCUCAGCUAACAGAUUUCACUUCAUGUAUCAAUCUGCUUUUUUUAAAUAAACAUUUUCAUGAUCAAA